UGUACGAGUCGUUCGCGUGGUAGACAUUCACGUCACUUCGCUUGUUUACGUUCGCACGUAUUGCGUGCCUCACGAGGGGGGAGAGACGAGGUCUGGUCCGAGAAACGAUGUUCUCACAACUUGCAAGGCGGUCACCUUGCGUGGUGGUCAGCGGAUAAUUGCGGUAUUUUUCCCAAAGUAAAUAUCUCAGAGGCGAGAAAGAAAAUCAGAAAAAGAAAUAAUUCAAUAAUUGAAAAAAUAAUGUAAUGCCUAAUUUGUUUUUCUCUCAUAUUGUAUUUGUCCUUUGGCCAUUAAAUUGCAAAACGCAAGCGGCACUCACUGCAACCGUGUAAAUUCUUAACUGACAACAACGCGUGCUGGACUAUCGAUCGAGUUUAUAGAGUGUUUUCACUCACGUGGCCAACAUCUAUGCAAAUUUAUUGAAACAAAAGAAAGCGUUGCACUGAGAAAAGAGUUCAACUCCCACAGGACCGUUUGGGACACCAACACGGCCGCCGUUCCAUUGUUUUGGGACACCAAUAUGGCCGCCGUGAGGAGAAACAAUCCCGUCUUCGACCGCCAUGAUUUUCUUCCUUCUCAAAACCGUUGAUGUUUGGUUUAUGUUGUAAUGCGCAUGAUCAGUAAACAAACCCGCUGGCAAGACCCUUGAUGAUCACUAUGCAAGCAGUGAAAACAUCGUUUUCAUUUCAUUUAAGAGAAUGUAUAGGAAGUAGCUUCCCCCCAGCGUGCCUAUUGAAACUUUGAAUCAAAACAAGCGUUCUCGAAAACUUAAGUUGUCGGCAUGGAACAAAUACUUGUCGGCCGAGUGAGAACCCCAACAGAGCAAAACUCUUGGGAAUUGCGAUCGAGAAAAAAAUUAGCGCAAGCAACAGACUUACCCGAAUCUUCCGAGCUUGAUAAAACGAUAUGACAACGGUUUCUGCCAGUUUUGAGGAAAUGACAGCAAGUCACAGGCAAGUCGUCGGUUUGAAUUACAGUGUGUAACCAAAGGCGAUCAACUAUCAAGGAAAAUGAGGAAAUGUCUAGUUUGUAGCCGUUGUAGGAAGCCGAAAAGGGUAUCAAUUUUAAUCACUUUACCUUGACAGCGUUUCUUCUACUAAAAAAUUAAACUAAUUGUGGCAAUAUUACAGAAAGAAACAGCUUACUUCCUCCAUGAUUGCUAGCACGAGAAAACCGCCUUUCCAUGUACCGAUAAACGUGAUGAGCCCGCAAUUUUUUUUAUUUAGCCAUGGCCAGUACUCGUACGGUGGGCGGAGCGGUAACAAGAAGAAGCCGGAAAGUAGUGAAAGUAUUUAUUACUUAACUAAUGUCAACAAGACAAAUAAAGGUGCAAGUAAUUAUUAAAAUAUAACACUCAGUCUGCACAGUCUUCACAGUCUGCACCACGGGCUGCACAGUCCGGACUGCAUGUCUGCAAUCUGCGGUCUGCAGUCUCGAUGGGCCGCGUUUUAACAUGUACACGACCGGAAAUCUACAUCUACCAACGGAUUCAACUUUCGAAUAUUUAUUUAAUAUCUAUGGAACCUUGGGAGGUACGCUUGACCUGUCUUGACUGUGAACUCUAGACCAAAUUGUUUUAAAUUCUACAGAAUUUACUAGCGUUCUCUGUGGUGGGUGUUGCAGAAGGGAAUACAGGAUGAAGUUUGUUUUCGGUUUUCACCUUGCCUGCAUUUCACUGAUGUUGAUGUUCCAGAUUGUCAGCACGCUGCCGCACUCUCCAAAACACCAAGAGGUGAAGUACUAUGUAAUACAUUGCUUAUUUCUUCCAUUUGUAUUUAUUUAUUUAUACUAUUUUUACAUUUCAAAUUUCUUUCAUAUCACGUCUUCACUUCAUUCGGGGAAGCAGAAUGUAAGCGAAUUUUGCUAUAAUUUGCCCUGGCUUACUUGAAACUUAUAACGCGUUAUCGCGUGUCGGGUUGUGAAAAUUGCAACAUUUCUGUGAACAACGGAAAGUAUCGCGUCGGAUUUCAGCCCUGUGAUUAUAAAUAUUUCCAAAAAAGCGCUCUUAGAUACCAACUUUGGCCUUCGUUUUCUCAGCGUAUAUUUAACGAAAAUGCUUCAUUUUUGGAAUUUGUGUUCAGGUUAAUAGUACUUUUCAAAUAAGCUAUUUUAUAAGCAUGAUCAUUUUUUGACUUAAUAGCAGUUCUAAUACUUAUCGUUGUAUGUAAGAGCCUGAAGAAGGAAGGCCGUGCCUUCCGAAAUAUUGAUAGCACUAGCAAUAGUUGACACUACAGCUGUCCCCGCCUUCGGCCUCGGUGGAUAACACCCCCCUCGAUUUGCUUAAUUCUUCGUAUCCUACUCAGCCUCAUUCACUGAUUGCUUUUUCAUUCAUUCAAAGUAAUUCCUAGUUUAAAAACACAGCUAAAACAUGCUUACCUUCAUCGAUGUUAAGUUCUUCUUCGAUAGUGUACGUUUAGGUUUGUCCAGCUCCCCAAAUAUUCUCCAAAUAGCAGAUGUCGCCCUCCUAGUUGUCUUCUUGCUGUUUUUGCUAUGUUUUUAGCUAUUAUUUCGCCUAGUUCCAGCUGUAGUUCUUACUCUUGAAACGGCGAGUGAAGUGUCCUCCAUUUUUGUUUUCACAACCAAAACAACUCAACCUUGUCCCCAGGUCUUUUCGAUAACGGUGCCUUAACCUGUAGCGGGCUGCGGUUUUGACGUCAUCUCCUCGUUAAACACAAAAUUCUUCCAAAUUUGGUAAUCAGUAACUGGUUAAGGUGAAUUAUGUUUGUGCUUUUAGCCAAUCAGAAUUGGGGAAAUGUUUUGAAUGAAUAAUAAUGUCGGUUAAUAGUAUUCUUGGUCGUUGUCUAGCUCUUUUCACACAUAAUCCAUCCAAUAGGUGAGAUGUAAAAACAGGAAACGCAAGAUUUCAUGCACAGCUUCAGUUCUAUUUACACAGCUUUGAUCAAAACAUUCUCAGUUUCGAGAAUAGUUUAUUCUAAACCAUAAGAAAAGAUUUAAUUAGAAGCUGAAUUUUUCGCUAUUUCUCUUUCACAUUUUACAUACAGUUCAUUUUAUUUGCCGGAAAGUAAGCCUUAGAAAUUAAAAGGACGUUUGAUCAACUCACGCUCGCGCAUUCUAGUCUUAUUUUAAACUUCAUAGCGGAAGGACAUCUGUGAGCAGGGAAUAAGUCAGCACAGAAUUUGAUUGUCGGCGAAUUUCUGUAAUCGUCCAUCGUUCUGCUAGUGAUAAGCUAGCCGUUGAUCCACUCGUCUUGCUUGUUUGGGGCUGAGUCUAGCUUCUUCAGGUCAAAGAGAGAAAAUUACUGUCUGGCGAGGUUUCCAAUCAAAGAUUUGUGAACUCCGGCGUGUCUGGCAAACUCUCCAAGUGUUUAUAGUAUAUAUACCUGAUAUAUACACAGUUAUACGCACCUUCACUUCAUCUGCGCUUAACGCGUGUCUUUUGGUCCAUAACUUUCAAAACAACUGCUCCACAGAAUGUCACCGACAACGCAUAACACAAAAGAGUAUCGAAGUGUGACACAAAAUCUACCUAUAAGCGGUCCCUUCGGGAUUUUCUGUCUUUACGUCAUCCUAACCAUCUCGUACUUGCGGGCACGAACAAUAGAAACGUCAUCAUUACCUACCGAUUCCUCGCGGCCCCUGUUCAAGCAAAUCGAGAUUUUUUCUGGCAUACUGACUGUAUAUUUCAACUGUAAGUGCUUUCCUAGAUAAUCUAUACGCGCGAGUUACUAGAGUGCCUCCUCGGGAUUUCGCCCUCUGGGCGAAAUCCCUGUGGGGGCAAGAUAUUCAGUUAUUCCCGCUGUAAAAUUAUCCUUGCUUCGUUUGUUCGAUAAUUUAACUUAUAGCUGAUUAGUACAGGUAAUCACAUGAUUUCGAGGGCAAUUUGGAACAAAUAAGCACGAGUAAAUUUUUUCAAAGACUAACUACAAAAUUGCGCGAGCCCGUAGGGCUAGUGCAAUUUGUGGUCUUUGAAAGAUUCUGGGUUAUUCCCUCGAGUUUUCCGCUCCUCCAGAGAAUUUCUUCUUCCUCCUCUGAUACUUGCGAGCUUUGUUUGGGCGCUUACCACGGCCAGCCAAGCGAAGCUGUUUCGCUUUGUCCUCCAACACCUUUUUGGACGAACUAAUUCUCGGUCACGUACAAUGGACAGGAUGCAGCCUUUGUUCCCUAAGUGUCUAUCAAGCAAUGCCAUCAUUACUUUAAGGCUUUCUGGUUUAUAAUCUUCACCUUCUUUGUUUGUCUUCGGCGUAGAAAUGCUCGAGCAAAGUGUUAAACCCAGCCGUCUCAUAAUUUUCUAUGUCAUCAGUAAUUUCCUCAUCUACGCACCAAUUAUUCGAAACAGAGAGCCAAAAACCAGUGCGUUUCGCAGUGUUUUCGUUUUUAGAGCAGUUGUUUCAGUCGCAAAAGCAAACGUGCCGCAAAUGCCCACCAUUGCGGUUUUUGCUCGAAACUGGUCCGGAGCGGAUCCAAAUUUUGCGCCAUUAAGAUGGCGCAUUUGAUUGGCUCUCAGUGAGUUCCUUUGUUUAUUAGCCAAUCAGAAUGUCACGUUUGUUACUCUUUUCUGCACUAAAUUACCCUUUUUCUGCAUCGUGUUACCUAAAAACUGCAUUUCUCUUAGCCAAUCACAAUCGAGAAAUUUUUUCAUGUAUAUUGUUAGAUCCUUUAAUAGGAUCUGGUCCUUCUUUUUUGUAACGUUGGUCCUUGAUUCCAAAAUUGAAUUUGUCGUACUAUGGAAUUUUUGCCGAUCAUUUUAAUAACUCUUGCAACUUUAAACAGUUUUCUGGAAAAGCGAAAAUGGAUCCAUCGGUUCAGUCGGUACCUAAAAGAUUAUCUACUUUUUAAGUUUUAAAUCUUAAAUUUCUGAAUUUUCACGUAAAUUAUAAAAUAUCAAACUUAAUUUUCAGCAUUUCAUAUACAUCUAUUUUAGCUUUUUCAUAUUUCAUCUUAAACCGUAGUCAGAUGCGAAUAUAUUAUAUUUUUUGUAAUACACACAGAGACUACUCCUCAAGCAUUUUACUGCUUUAAUACUGAUUGCGUUUAAAUAAAGGAUAUUCAUUUUAUACAUUCAUUCCUUCAUUCAUCUGUCUCAGGAUUGUGUCACGGCGGACGAGGGAAGUUUGUGUCUCUGUAAAAAUCCUUCUCUGUACGUAAAGGGAUUUUGGAGAAAUGACCCGCCACAAGACUCUUAUCCCAGGUCUCUCCGCUGCGGUGCCGCCAUUACCUCGAAUUUUCACGUCGAUUAUUGUCGAUUUGAGGGAAAUUGGUCUAUUGAUUUGACGACGCAUGAGUAAGUAGUCAAAGAAACUAUUUCUUUUAAAUUAUUUCGGCAUUAUUAAUUAUAAAGUGCUUGUUUAAUUUGGAACCUUGCAUUGGACAGGGGCACCCAACGAGAAUAUAGUUCAAAACCACUUAAACAUAGCAUUGUUAAACGUAUUUUGGUAUUAAAACGGUAGAUAUAGGCAUAUUUUUAUCCCCUAAAAAUUUUUCAUCUGUUCGGAUUUCUUAGCUGAAAGUCUAGUGAUUCGAAAAUUAUAGGGAUCAAAAGUUACCUUUUCGAAAAUUUCAGCCAGAGAAAAGGCUCCCGAAAAUUGUAGGUGACCUUUUUAGGGUAAAAAUCCGUUGAAAAUGGGCAAUUAUACCAUUUUUUAGAUGUUCGAAAAUUCUAGGAGAGGCGACAAGCAAGAAAUUUUGGAAAAAAUGUUCCGAAAAUUCUAGAUCUCAAAUCGUCUUCCGAACAGAUAUUUUCCGAAAAUUGUCGUUGGGUGCCCCUGAUUGGACUUUACGUACAUUGCGCUUUGUCAGCUUAGUCGUCUAUUCUCUUUAUUAGUAUGCCUGAUCAGCUAAUGUUAAGCCAGAUCUUUAUUAUUAUUAUUAUUAUUAUUAUUAUUAUUAUUAUUAUUAUUAUUAUUAUCUUGGGGAAUUUAACAAUAUCUAGCAGCGAUCUGAUUUUCUACUAUGUACUGAGGACUGAGGACAUGUCGUUUGUUGGGUGGAAUGAUUAAAUUGUAGUCAUUUUGCAUAUUUUAAGCUUAUUGUGUUCAACAUCGCCCUUGAAUUAAAAAGAAUAGGUGCGGUCUUACUAGACGUCUUCCCCAAGGCUCCCAAUGAGGAAAUAGCUUGGGUUGGGUUCACACUGGGUUUUGAUCGAUUUCAUGUUUGCGGUUACAUAGACGUAGCCAUAAAUUGCCCGCGGGAAGAAAAUACUUGAACCCGGUUUCCCGGGAAAACGUCGUUUUAUGAAACAUCAUUGAAGGCUUAUGAAAAUCGUAAAUGUCUUCGACUAUUUUACCCAACAAAACCCCCACAUCAGUCUCUGAAGCGUAGACUAAAAACGAAGACGUCUAUUUGAUUCACGCUUAAAAGAAAGGCAUUCGGCAAAUUCUCGCUCAAUAGUCAACGGUUUUACAGAAAUGAUUUCAACGAUUUCAUAAGGAAAGAACUGAACUCUUGAACGCUGAUGUAAAGAAAACUUGCGAGUGUUUCAAGGUGCUUUUGAAUGUACUUAACGUAAAAACAUGAAAAACAUUCACAGAAGUGCUCAAAAUCCUGCUGAAUUUUCAAACUUUGAGUUCAGUUACCGCGUAGGAUUUGGCGCUAAGAACAACACGUGAUCUCUACAGCUUGGCACAUUUCAAUUUCUCGUGUUUGGUUGGGCCGCUUUGGGUUUUUAUUAACCCAUAGAACUUACCCCAGUAACUGUCAUGGGUAAUUCGUUUCUUCUUUUUGACGUAUCCAUGGAAAUUUUCCCGAGACAAUUUUACCUUGAGGAAAUCGGUCACACACAACAGGUAGCUUCCUUAUGGGCAACAGCCAUUUGCCCAUUGGUAAAAUCGCUGGUAUGACCCCGCCCACUAGUCGAAUAUGCAGUAUAUUUUUCCCAUUUUGAGAAAAAAACACUUAAAAUCCUGUCACAUUACAGAGGUCAAUUGUGAUGAAAUACUGAGGUAUUGAAUCGAAUAAAAUUGUGGGUAUUCAAGAAGUACCGUUGAAAUAUCUUCAUUGAUAUUGAAAUGUCAUUAUUUAUUUAGGUUAGCUUUGCAUUUUUUUUGGUUUUUCAGCAGGAAUAUUUCUUGUCCCAAUGCUUUUUUCGUGUCGGGUCUCUAUUUCCCUUCGAGAGACCGGUAUUUCACUUACAUAUAUUGUUGUCCUCCUCGCAAUCACCCCGAGAGUUAUGAAGAGUGCUAUGUGGAAGAUGUUUUUAGUACCUCGUUCAACGGUGCGGACGUGAGCGAAUGUCAAAGGAAAGGCUAUUUCAUUACCGGCUUCUACGAAAAGAAUCACGACUCUUCACCUUUUCCUCUUCCUCGUCUUGAAAAGUUUUACUGCUGCAAAAUGGCAGGUAAUUGUGUCCUCUUCGUCACUUCCAUACCUGAUUGCAGGAAAUUAUAAUGCGAAUUUCAAAAAUUCGCGUUAAUUUCAAGUCGCGUUAGUUUUUGUAAACGUUAAUUUCCGCGACUUUAAUUUCCAUUAGUUUGGCCCCAAAUUCUCUAUACGCUCCUGACAAUCUUGUCACCUAAGAAAGAGAAGAAGUAGUAUAUCAGGGUGGGAUUCGGCCAGUAUCAGUGAAACUGUAAAAAAACCCUCAAUACGAUUGACCUCCACCGUCUUGAUAUCGAUGAACAUCUUCCAAAUUUGACCAACACUAAUCCUUGUUAUUAAGCCGUACAUGGCA